AUGACAAUACCUUUCAAUAUCCCCAUAUCAGAUCUAGACUAUUGUCUAGAACAAUUAUUAGAACAUAAACCACCAAAAAUACUACCACCAGAGACUAUUCAACAAUUAUGUCACAUGCUAAAAACAGAAUUAUUAUCAGUUCCUAAUAUCAUAUCAUUACAAUCCCCAAUUUCAGUUGUUGGAGAUAUUCACGGUCAAUAUCAUGACUUAUUAGAAAUUUUUCAAAUAGGAGGAUCACCUCCACAUACAAAUUAUUUAUUUUUAGGAGAUUAUGUUGAUAGAGGUUAUUAUUCAGUUGAAACAAUAUCAUUAUUAUUAGUCUUAAAACUACGAUAUCCUAAUAGAAUUAAUUUAAUAAGAGGUAAUCAUGAAUCAAGGACCAUUACUACAAAUUAUGGUUUUUAUACCGAAGUUUUAAAUAAAUAUAAUGGAUCAGCUGAUGUAUGGUCAUAUAUAACAGAUUUAUUUGAUUAUUUACCUUUAGGUGCUACAAUAGAUGGUACCAUAUUUGCAUGUCAUGGUGGCUUAUCACCAAGUUGUCAACAACUAGAUCAAAUAAGAGCAAUAGAUAGAUUUAGAGAAAUUCCUCAUGAUGGAAUUAUGGCAGAUUUAGUAUGGUCUGACCCAGAUGUUGAAAUAUCAGAUUUUAAAUUAAGUCCAAGAGGUGCUGGUUACCUUUUUGGUAGUGAUAUAAUGAAUAAAUUUUGUAAAGAAAAUAACUUAGUUCAAAUGAUUAGAGCCCAUCAAUUAUGUAAUGAAGGUUAUACAAGUUAUUGGAAUGGGAAAUGUUUAACUGUUUGGUCAGCUCCAAAUUAUUGUUAUAGAUGUGGUAAUAAAGCUAGUGUAUUGGAAAUACUAUAUACAAAUUAUGAAGCUAACGGCACCAAAUCCAGCACCAAAGAAAAUUCAAUCGAUUAUAGAACUAAAUCACAAAUUGAACAAGGAGUUUUACCUGGACAAUUUUUUAAUAUAUUUGAAGCAUCAAAAGAAAAUGAUGAAGAUACAUCAAAUGGUAAAAGUGUUAAUGGAAUUAAUUUUUCUGAUAUUUCAAUUAAUGGUAAUAUUGAAACUGAUUUUUUUGCAGGAUAUUUUCAAGAACGUCCAAAACGUAAACAUGUCGAAUAUUUUUUAUAA